AUGGUUUUACCAAGAUUAUUUAAUGCUACUUCACGUACUGCUGUUCAAGCAUCAGCUAGAACUGCAAGAAAUUUAGCAACUGCUACUAAAGCUGCCGAUGGUAAAGUUAGAGCUGUUAUUGGUGCCGUUGUUGAUGUUCAAUUCGAGGAAGGAAACUUACCAGCCAUUUUAAAUGCUUUAACAUUAAAAAACGGUAAAAAUGAUUUAGUUUUAGAAGUUGCUCAACAUUUAGGUGAAAAUACAGUUAGAGCCAUUGCUAUGGAUGGUACUGAAGGUUUAGUCAGAGGUACCGCAGUCCAUGACACUGGAGCUCCAAUUUCAGUUCCAGUUGGUAGAGGAACUUUAGGUAGAAUUCUUAACGUUACUGGUGAUCCAAUUGAUGAAAGAGGUCCAGUUGAAUGUAAAAAAAGAAUGCCAAUUCAUGCUGAACCACCAUCAUUCAUUGAUCAAUCAACUUCUGCUGAAGUUUUGGAAACUGGUAUUAAAGUUGUCGAUUUAUUAGCUCCAUAUGCUAGAGGUGGUAAAAUUGGUUUAUUCGGUGGUGCCGGUGUCGGUAAAACUGUUUUUAUCCAAGAAUUGAUUAACAACAUUGCUAAAGCCCAUGGUGGUUUUUCAGUUUUCACCGGUGUUGGUGAAAGAACUAGAGAAGGUAAUGAUUUAUAUCGUGAAAUGAAAGAAACCGGUGUUAUUAACUUAGAAGGUGAUUCAAAAGUCGCUUUAGUUUUCGGUCAAAUGAAUGAACCACCAGGAGCUAGAGCUAGAGUUGCUUUAACUGGUUUAACUAUUGCUGAAUAUUUCAGAGAUGAAGAAGGUCAAGAUGUCUUAUUAUUUAUUGAUAACAUUUUUAGAUUCACUCAAGCUGGUUCAGAAGUCUCAGCUUUGUUAGGUCGUAUUCCAUCAGCCGUCGGUUAUCAACCAACUUUAGCUACUGAUAUGGGUCUUUUACAAGAACGUAUUACCACUACCAAAAAGGGUUCAGUCACUUCAGUUCAAGCUGUCUAUGUCCCAGCUGAUGAUUUAACUGAUCCAGCUCCAGCUACUACCUUCGCCCAUUUAGAUGCAACUACUGUCUUAUCAAGAAGUAUUUCAGAAUUAGGUAUUUACCCAGCUGUUGAUCCUUUAGAUUCAAAAUCAAGAUUAUUAGAUGCUGCUGUUGUUGGCCAAGAACAUUACGACGUUGCUACUCAAGUUCAACAAACAUUACAAGCUUAUAAAUCUUUACAAGAUAUCAUUGCUAUUUUAGGUAUGGAUGAAUUAUCAGAACAAGAUAAAUUAACUGUUGAAAGAGCUCGUAAAAUUCAAAGAUUUUUAUCACAACCAUUUUCAGUUGCUGAAGUUUUCACAGGUAUUCCAGGUAAAUUGGUAAGAUUAGCUGAUACUGUCCAAUCCUUCAAGGAGAUCUUGGAGGGAAAGGGGGAUUCUUACCCUGAAAAUCUGUAUUAUAUGACGGGAAGCUUUACUGACGUGAAAGAGAAGGCAGAGAAGUUGGCUGCUGAAGCUAAGUAG